GUUUUUCUUAAUGUAAAGACGUCUGCCUGUUUUCCAAUCCCUUUUUUUUUUGCUUUCCGUAUUUCCCCUUUUCCACCUUUGCUUUUGAAUUUUCUCCCCAACUUGAAGAUAUCAAAUCUGAAAAAAAUGUCAGAUUUUGAUAUUUGGGAUUUCUUGGCCCCAGUUUGGUUACAAACAUCAAGAAAAGGGUUUUAUCUUUUUCUUGACUUUUCCCCUCAGCACAAUCUUCAAGUCUCGCUCUUUUUCUGCGCGCGCGUUUGGAUGGUGGCCAAAGAGAAAAAAAAAACACGAAAGAAAGAAGAAAAGCUAAAAAGAGCUGGACAGUCCCAAGAUUUUGAUUUUCUUGCCAACCGUAUAUCUUGUCGGAAUUACUUAUCCUUACUUGAACACUGACGCUGGGACCAUGUCCCCUAUUGAGCAUGGCGAGGUGUACGUCUUGGACGACGGCGGUGAGGUUGAUCUUGAUCUUGGAAACUAUGAGAGGUUCAUGGAUAUCAAGCUGACCCGUGACAAUAACAUCACCACUGGAAAGGUUUAUCAGCAUGUUAUUGAGAAAGAGAGGAAAGGAGAUUAUCUCGGAAAGACUGUCCAGGUUGUCCCUCAUGUCACUGAUGCCAUUCAAGAUUGGAUCGAACGAGCCGCCAGAAUUCUUGUGGAUGGGCAGGCUGGGCCCCCUGAUGUCUGCGUCAUAGAACUUGGAGGAACAAUCGGAGAUAUAGAGUCAAUGCCCUUCAUCGAGGCUCUUGGGCAAUUCUCCUAUCGCGUAGGUGCUGGAAACUUUUGCUUGAUCCAUGUUAGCCUUGUGCCUGUUUUGAAUGUAGUAGGUGAACAGAAGACGAAACCGACACAACAUAGUGUUCAAGGACUAAUAGGCCUUGGCUUGACCCCAGAUAUCUUGGGUUGCCGGAGUGCAAAGCCACUCGAGGAAAAUGUGAAGGCCAAACUCUCUCAAUUUUGCCAUGUUCCGAUGGAAAACAUUGUCACUCUUUACGACUGCCCUAACAUCUGGCAUGUUCCUUUGCUUCUCAAAGAACAAAAGGCUCAUGAAGCAAUUAUCCGAGUGUUGAACCUUAAAGGAAUUGCCAAGGAGCCUGCAUUAGAGGACUGGUCCUCCAUGGUUAAACUAAGCGACGAACUUCAUGUCCCGGUCAGAAUAGCUGUGGUCGGAAAGUAUACCGAGCUCUUGGAUUCUUAUCUUUCGGUCCACAAGGCGCUCUUGCAUGCUUCUGUGGCAAGGCGUAAGAAACUUGUCGUAGACUGGAUCGCUGCAAGCGAUCUUGAAGACGGAACAAAAAAGGAGAACCCGGAUGCGUUUAAGGCGGCUUGGAAGUUGCUCAAGGGAGCUGAUGGUGUUCUUGUCCCGGGAGGUUUUGGCAAUAGAGGAGUACAAGGAAAGAUUCUCGCUGCAAAAUAUGCUCGGGAAAAUAGACUUCCGUUCCUCGGAAUCUGUCUUGGCAUGCAAAUCGCAGUGAUUGAGUUUGCACGUUCUGUUCUCGGCUUGCAAGAUGCAAACAGCACUGAAAUCGAUCCCAACACCAAAAAUCCUUGUGUUAUACUCAUGCCUGAGGGCUCGAAAACACAUAUGGGUGGCACAAUGAGGUUAGGAUCCAGAAGGACAUAUUUCCAAGCUAAGGACUCCAAAGCUGCAAAACUAUAUGGAAACAAAAGUUUCAUUGAUGAGAGGCACAGACACAGAUACGAGGUAAAUCCGGCAAUGGUUCCGCGAUUGGAGAGAUCUGGACUCUCAUUCUCAGGAAAGGACGAGACGGGCCAACGUAUGGAGAUCGUUGAGCUCAGUAGCCAUCCGUUUUACGUUGGAGCACAGUUCCAUCCUGAGUACACGUCAAGACCCGGAAAACCUUCUCCUAUGUUUCUAGGACUGAUAGCAGCAGCAUCAGGAGAGCUAGAAGUUCUUCUGCAACAAGUCUCUGGAUGCCAAGAAACCGUUCCACGGCCACUGACCAAUGGAAAGCUGGAGAAAGUCUAUUGGAAAGAAACUGCGAAGAAGCCUGUCAGCAUCAUGUAUAGCUUAUGUGAUGGCGUAUACUCAUGAAAACCAGCAUCAGAUGACUUCUGUCCCAAGCUAUUUAUCCAUAUUUUUCGGGGUUUUCACCCGUGGAGGAGCUUAUUUGUACAGUUGAAGAAGGCUUUUUAUGUUGUUAUGAUGCAGAUAUGGAAACACAGAGAGGUAGUAUAUACCCCCCCUUGUUUUAUGAUGGGUAUGACUUAUACGCUGUGUUUCUUGGAGUCUCUGUAACAGUAUCUAUCAGUAGCUUUCUUGGUGUUUCUGGGCUUUGCCGCUUCUGUCUGGUUAACAAGUUGUAACUUAGGGAGGCUUUGUUAUGUUUGGUCUCUUGUUAUGUUAAUGUAGUUUUGUUUUCAAUUUAUCCAAACCCAUCAUUAUAUAUGCCUUUAA